UGUAUAUAAAUUUAGGACUAUUAUCCAACUGUAACCCGCUGUAGCAGUCAUUCAACCAAAAAAGUUAAUUUAAAUAUAUUUUUUUUACAGAGAUUACGUGUAGUAAGUGAAGGGCUUUAAAGGUUUGAAGCUUGAUGCCUCAAUGGUUUCCUAAACCACACAUGCUAAAGCAGAGGUACUAUUUUGUGACCACCCAUCCAUGUGACAUAACACAAACGCAUCCAGUUUUGAUUUAGGUUACAUUGUAAAUGUGUCAUGACUGUCUGUGGCAUGCCCUCCAUCCUGAUUAGGUAUGAUAACUGCAGCCGAAGAAAAUAUGUAUGCAUAUUUUAGCAGUGAUUAACCCUAAGGACUUAUCCUGACAGAUGUCUCAUUUAACAUUCAUCCAUGAGUUUUGAACACCUAAAGGGAGUGGCAGAUAUAACUUCAGGUGGAAUGAUUCACUUGUGCCCCGGGAUACUCCUCCUCCACCCAAUGUUGGAAUGCUGAGCAGUCUGCUCACAAAGAAACCUGUUGUGCAUGCAAAAACACAUGUACGAGUGUGUUCUUAUGUGCAAAUUGGGAGUGGUGAGACAGGUAGCUCAGUGAGACUGCAAACUUCACCUGCGUAGGCUGCUUUUAUCUUUGUCAACUGGGAGUCGACAUGUCAUGAAGUUGUCUGGUUAGGAGACCGAAACUGAAGAAACAGAGUGCGGAGAGUCGACAAUAUACUAACACAGCCUUAAGGACCUUCAACAGCUGAGUAAGCAUGAUUCAAUUUAAAAUCUUUUUACUAAUCUAGAGAGGUUUGAGUACAAGGUAAAUGAAUGUAGAAGUUUGAUUGAAGCAGCUAGUCAUAUUGAUACAGUUUCACAGCCAUUUUUCUGUUUUGUUAAAAGGAACAUGUUAUGUAUUGUAGUAGUGACAAAAUGUUGUUGGACAAAUAGACCAAACAAGUGUGCGUGUCAUCUCGUUUUACGCUUGAAUUGAUUGUUUCAUUUCAAUGGUUGACUUUACCAUUCAAAGUUCUCAGAUGGUCGGUCGACUUCGUUGUGUGUUGUCAUAGCAAGGUUUUUGUAUCCUACGUCAAGUCUCCGUAUUUGUGAGCAUUUUUAGCUUGACGUGCAUGUUUGCAUAUCAAUCCAAAUAUAAAAGUACAGGUAGAAAGUAGUUUGACAGGACUGGCAAGGUGUGGCGUAUCAAGUGCACUAAGAUUAAAAGGAAAUGCAGGUAAAAAGAAAGAAAAUAAAGCCUUAUGCAAGAGCACAGUUAGUUUCAUGAAACAUGAAACAUGAUAGAAUGAAUGUGACAUGAUUCUUAAACUAUGUAAGAUAACUGUACUCAGAGACACUCCCUCUGCUUUUAUUUGGUUGAUGUGGCUUUACCUUUAACAUAAUGACUCUUACUUUCAUCCAUCUUAUUAUUAUUAUUAUCCUUUUACUCUUUACAGCCAUGAGUGAAACCCUGACAGGGAGCUACUUUGGCUCCUCACCUGAAGAGCUAAGACUGGUUCUUUUGGGAAACAUUGGAUGUGGAAAGACAUCUUCAGCAGACACUAUCCUAGACCAGAUGUCUCCCAUUUCUCCCAGUGGCUCCAGGAGCUGCCAACUCAGGCAGGGAGUCUCCGGAGGCAGGCGUUUGACCCUGGUGGAGGCUCCAAGGUGGUACUGGAGUGGCGGCAAGAUGGAGGACAGUGUCAGGAAGGAGACAGAACGAGCUAUGACACUGUUAGCACCGGGCCCACAUGCUAUUUUGCUACUGGUGCCGGUUAGCCAGUUCACAGAGAUGGAGGGUCGUGUGCCAGCAGAGCUGGAGGAGUUGUUUGGUAAGGAGGCACUGGAUCACACCCUGGUCCUGCUAACCUGUGGGGACUACUUAAUGGGAAGAUCAGUGGAGGGAUACCUGCAGAAAGAACACCCAGGACUGAGGGAGAUGAUUGAGAAAUGUAGGGGGAGAUACCAUGUGAUCAAUAAUCGUCACAGACAGGACACACAGCAGGUCCAAGAGCUGCUGAAGAAGGUGGAAAACAUGGUGCAGAAUAAGGGAGUUUACCACAUGAAAUCACCAGAGGAGAGAGAGUUGGAGAAACGGGUGAACGAAAGAAAGCGAGAACUCAUGGAGAGUUACCAAGCUCAAAAGGAGGAGAGACAGGUGGCUUUGUCAACACGCACCUCAAACACAGACACACGGAGGAGUACGAUAGAGGAGAGGAGAACAGCACUUUUCUGGAAAGACGGGAAGAGAAAGGAGGGAGGAGAUUGAUGCGACAGUAAGCAUGAGGCAAGUGUCAAACGGACUUCAUUCACUCCAACACCAGAGCAACAAUCUCACUCAGAGAUGUAUGAACACAGGGAGCUGAUAAGGACACCCAGUUUCAAACUCAAUGCAGAUGGAGCCAUACUCUCACAAAUGUCUGAGACCAACACAUCUUCUAAAGUGGUCACUACCUUGCACCACAGAAUCAACAGCUUUGAAGAGAGAUCCCCUGAGCCGUCUCCGACGACCUCUCAUUCUCCCGACUUCACCUCUUCCUCCUCCUCGCCAGUCUUCACUUCCACUUCCUCC